ACCUGGCAAUCACGUGACAGGCGCUCUCCCAAGAGAGCACUUCCGGUAACGUUUCCUGUGUUUGUAAACUGAAAACAUUGCAAGUCCGCCAGGAAAAUAUUCCUCUACUGUAAAAGAAGAAGAGUAAGGCUUGGGCCCCUGAUGAUUGGGGCUUGUGUGGUCUCUAAACUUUCAUCCAGCCCAGAGCGAAGUUCUCUGUCCCCCAAAACACACACACACACAUUCUCACCACCGCGAUGUCACACCUUCCCAACAACUCAGUACGAGAGCACAUGAAAUGGGCUGGGUUGUUGGGCUGUGAAGCGGUGCUGUCCAGCAUGGCGCUCAUGCAGGCCGGCUCCAUGCCCAACCACAAGAAGAUGGGCUCUCAUCUGGGCCAAGGACCAAGAGAAAACAAUCACAGCCACAAUCACAACAAUACUCACAACCAAAACCAUAACCAGGAGACCCAGAACCAACAUAGCCACAUGGUGUUACCUUCAGGGGUCAGCUGCCCACCACUGCUUAUCCGCAAGGAUGGAGACUUUCACUCGUCACGGCUCUUGGAUGUAAAAGACAUGCAAGCCAGCCAGAACGUCCAGCCAAAGAAGAAGAACAGGAAGUCGGGACUUCCCUCCAAAAUGCGAGAUAAACCCCAGAUGGAGAUGCCUGAUGUUAGCGACGAUAACUUGCUCAGCUCUCAAGUUCAGAAGAACUUCAUCUGUGAACACUGCUAUAGCGCUUUUCGCAGCAGUUACCAUCUGAAACGACAUAUUCUCACCCAUACGGGGGAGAAGCCUUUCGGAUGUGAUAUGUGUGACAUGAGGUUUAUUCAGCGCUAUCACCUGGAGAGACACAAGCGUGUUCACAGCGGCGAGAAGCCAUAUCAGUGUGACCGCUGUCAACAGAACUUUUCCAGAACCGACCGGUUACUUCGACAUCGACGUUUGUGUGCCGUGGGCGUCCCAAAAGAGGAGAACCAGCCGUGUUGCGAGGUGCGGCCGUUUUCUCAGGACCCCUCCCAGCACACGUCUUCAUGGAGCCCACUGCAGACAAACAACAGCCGGCUGGCAGUGUGACGGACCUGCUGAUCGCUCAUACAAACUUCUCCCCAGCAAACAGAACGGACUGUGGCCAAUCAUACAGUCCGGCACCACGAGCCUCUGAACUCUUUAAUGACUCACCAACAGUGAAAUCUUUUAUACUGUUACACUGGGAAACAUCGUAUUUUGUAUUUUUAAUUAUUGUAGAUGGUACUGUCAUCAGCAAGCAGUUUAUUCCUUUAUAUGGUCCAGGCAAUAAUGGCUAGAUAAUGACUUCCUAUUGUUCCCGUGGAGGUUUGUAGUUUGGGUAAACUUGCGCUGUUGUGCGCUUUUCAGCCUGUGAACAGAUUGAGCAAUCUUAUACAUUGCUCCAACACGUUACAGUAGACAAAUUAUGAGAUUCUUGAUGCACUCAUCAAUGAAUCAUUGCUAUUUCAAGAGUGUAUUCUCAUAAAAUAAUGUGACAAAAGCUUGUGACCAUUGACAGCUUUACACUGGUUAAAAAGAUUUAAGAAACGUCUGAAACAUCAUAAAUUCAUCCAAAGGAGAGAUCAUGAUGCCAAGCCUGCACAUUUGUCAAGCUUUCGAUGUUAGCCUUUCGGUCAAAAUGAACACUGAAUUUUCAUUGAGUAUUAGAAAGUGAAUUAGACAUUUCGAGACCGUAUGAUGUGGCAAUUCUGUUGGCAUCUCAGUGUCUGAAAAGAUGAAGCCGAGCCAAGAAUUGCAUUAAAAACCUUUUAACGGGUUCAUAGAGAGACAACGACUAUAUAAAAACUGCUUGUUUUCACAUAGGUCUUAAAUUUCAUAUUACCCUUGAACACAGACCUGUGCAGUUUUUCACUGCUGAACUUGAGUUAAUAUAUUUUUUCAGCAUUUCAAAUAAUUUAAGUAGAAACUGUAGCUGGACUAGACUGCUGCCACUGUUUAUUGUAGUGGUUUCCUUGUGUUGUUUUUUUUAUGUACGUGUGCAUGUUCCUUUUGUUAAAUGCAUAUUGUAAAUAAGUCAUUGUUAAUGUUUUUAAAGUGAAAAUGUUCCUUUUUUCUUUAAGAAAUAAUUAAUUGUUUGGUAUUUUUUACUGUUCACAAACAACUAAAGUUCAUUCUUAUCCUGAUAGGCGCCAUGUAGAGAGUGAAGGCAUAG